AUGGUGAGGCAAAUCAUCUCUAUACACACAGGACAGGCGGGCCUCCGCAGCGGCGCUGCUUUUUGGGAUUUGCUGCUGGCAGAACAGGGCCUUUCUUACGAGGGCUUGCCCUUUGACUCUACAAUGGGGGCCCCCUGGGGGGCCCCCGGGGGGGCCCCUUGGGGAGCCGCCUGGGGGCCCGCCUACGGCGCCGCAAAGGGGGGCCCCCUGGGGUCCCCCGCAGGGUCACCCCUGGGGUCGCCCCUGGGGGGCCCCUUAGGGGGCCCCCUAGGGGCACCCCUGGGGCCCCUCAUGCUGGAGCAGGGGACCCUAGGGACCCCCAGCUGGGUGCCCCUGGGGCCCCUGGGGGCGACGGCGCAGGCAGCAGAAGAUUGUUUUUUCACUGAGACAGAAGCGGGAAGAAGAGUUCCUCGGUGCGCAAUGCUGGACCUGGACUUGGAGAGUCGGGACGAGAUUUUGAAAAGUCCUUUGGGUCGAACUUUUUCUCCUUUUUCUUUUUUUUCCGGAAAAGAAAGUGCAAGUUCUCUUUUUCCCAGAGGCCGCGCGCUGGGAUCGGCCGAUCCCAACCGAUCCCUCUCCCAAGACCUCCUCAGGCAGCAGCUCGAGGCCACAGACAAGCCCGGAGGCCUCUUGUGCAUGCGCUCUUUGGGGGGCGGGGCUGGCUCAGGGUUUGGAGAAGCAGUUUUGACAUUUGCUGCAGAAGAAGCCCCGAAAGUGCCUUUGCUGGAGUUGCUGCUGUGGCCGUCGCCAGCAGCUAGCUGCACAGCCAGCCGCGCAGCUAGCCACGCAGCUAGCUGCGUAGAGCCCUACAAUGCCCUUCUCGCCCUCACCGGCGUUCUAGACAGAGGGGGGGGGGCCCUUUUAAUGGACAACUCCGCCCUCGCUGCUCUCUUUUCUAGAGCUACUUCGCGCUACCCCUUCACUCAAGACCUCAACAACAUUAUAGCCCAGGCCCUUUCCAGUGAGUCCCACAGUUCUCACCAGCUUUACUGCGUUUUCAGGGGCCCCUGGGGCCCCCCGGGGGCCCCUGGGGGCCCCUGA